UGGCGGAGAGUGCGGAACUGAAGCAAAUGGUGAUGAGCCUGCGCGUGUCAGAGCUGCAGGUUCUGCUAGGUUACGCGGGCCGCAACAAACACGGGCGAAAACAUGAGCUCUUGACCAUGGCCCUGCAUCUCCUGAAAGCCGGCUGCAGCACCGCCGUGCAGAUGAAGAUCAAGGAACUCUACUGCAGACGCUUCCCCACAAAGAUGGUCUCUCCCUCAGAGCUGGCCCUGCCCGGACCACACUACCCUGCCUCGGGAGGUGUGGCCGGAGGAGGGGGCACCGCCGCCCUGCCUGCCGGCCUCAGCCAGCUGGCGUACGAGGGCCAUGGGCACGGGGGAGUACCCUCGCCAGCCGCCCUGCUGCCCAUCUCGUUGCUGGGGCCCGGCAAGCACGAGCUCAGCGGGCUGACGCACCACCUGCCCACCUCGGCCACCCUGCACCCGGUGCACCCAGACGUCAAGCUGCAGAGGCUGCCCUUCUACGAUAUGCUGGACGAGCUCAUUAAGCCCACCAGUCUAGCGUCGGACAACAGCCAGCGGUUUCAGGAAACGUGUUUUGCGUUCGCACUAACGCCACAGCAAGUCCAACAGAUUAGCAGCUCAAUGGACAUCUCGGGGACCAAAUGUGACUUCACAGUACAAGUCCAGUUACGGUUUUGUCUCUCUGAGACGAGUUGUCCUCAGGAAGACCACUUUCCGCCCAAUCUGUGUGUGAAGGUGAAUGGGAAGCCAUGCAACCUCCCGGGCUAUCUUCCUCCAACGAAAAACGGUGUGGAGCCGAAGCGCCCCAGCCGGCCCAUCAACAUUACCUCAGUGGUCAGACUGUCCACGACAGUCCCCAACACCAUCGUGGUGUCCUGGACCUCAGAGGUUGGAAGGCACCUCCUGUGUUUUCAGAGCUACUCUAUGGCGGUGUACCUGGUCAAGCAGCAGUCGUCCACCAUACUGUUGCAGAGACUACGGUCCAAAGGCAUCAGGAACCCAGACCACUCCAGAGCACUCAUCAAAGAGAAGCUAACGGCAGAUCCAGACAGUGAAAUCGCCACCACCAGCCUACGCGUGUCGCUGCUCUGUCCGUUGGGGAAGAUGCGUCUGAUGAUCCCGUGCCGGGCGCUGACGUGUUCCCACCUGCAGUGUUUUGACGCUACGCUGUACAUCCAGAUGAAUGAGAAGAAACCUACCUGGGUUUGUCCCGUCUGUGAUAAGAAAGCCCCCUACGAACAUCUCAUCAUUGACGGGUUGUUCAUGGAGAUCCUGAACAGCUGUGUAGACUGUGAUGAGAUCCAGUUUAAGGAGGAUGGCUACUGGGCCCCCAUGAGGACAAAGAAGGAAGUACAGGAGGUCUCGUCAGCCUCCUACAACAACGGAGUGGAAGGCUUGCAUCGGUCAGCGGCAGGGGAGCAGAGGAGCUCGUCGUCCCACAACGGGGGCAGCAGUAGGAUGAAGGUGGAGGUGAUCGACCUAACCCUGGACAGCUCCUCAGAGGAUGACGAUGAUGACCAACCGCCCCUCAAGAGGCCCUGCGCCUCCUUGUCCCCCACCUCGCCUCCUAUCGUCAACAAGGGAGUGUUGAACCUGCACCACCAGGUGUCCCCAGUGAGCCGGACCCCCAGAAUGCCGUCUGUGGACACCAGCUACAUCCCCCCUGUACCUCCCCUCAUCCAGGACUACCGUCCAUACUACCACACCCCCAACGACCUCACAGAUCUGAAUUUCUUCUCCUUUCUCCAAGGGGACAAUCAUCAGCAUUACAACAUGGUGAUGGCAGCCGCCGCUGCUGCCUCGGCCUCAGACGACCACGAACUCCUGCUCAACCACUUCCGUCCCUACACCACCUCCUCGUCCUCCUCCCAGCUGUUCCUGGACCAGUCUGGGGCGCCCUCCUCCGGCUCGCUGGCGCCCGUCAACGGUGGUGGUGGUGGAGGGAACAGCAGCGGUGGCAGCAGCAGUAGCCUAGUAUCCUCUAGCAGCCUGAGAGACACUCACAGCACGCACUCCACGCACUCGCAGCCGCACUCCACGCCCUCGCAGCCGCACUCCACGCCCUCGCAGCCGCACUCCACGCACUCGCAGCCGCACUCCACGCCCUCGCAGCCGCACUCCACGCCCUCGCAGCCGCACUCCACGCACUCGCAGCCGCACUCCACGCACUCGCAGCCGCACUCCACGCACUCGCAGCCGCACUCCACGCCCUCGCAGCCGCACUCCACGCCCUCGCAGCCGCACUCCACGCCCUCGCAGCCGCACUCCACGCCCUCGCAGCCGCACCCCGGCGUAGGAGGUAGAUCUAGUAGUGAAGUGGUGGCAGCCGCAGCCCUCUACGGCUCCGUCCCCGACGUGAUCUCACUAGACUGACGAUUUUGUUCGGGCGACUAGCGACUGACUCCGAAAACAGAGGGUUUGUUGGUUGUUUAAUGGAGGAUGCAGUCGUGACUAAACUGACCCAGAAACAGUCUGUAACGGUCCCACCCAGUUCUACAGCUCUGGUUUUGAGUUGUGUCGUUAAGGCUGACUCCAGAACAGUGGAGUAGCUGUCUGUGGCGGAGCCGGUCCCGGGGUGUCGUUUGACUGGGCUGACCCAGGAACCGUUAUAAAGUCACACCCCACAGAUGGAUGGGAUUGGCACCUUAGUGUUGCUAGACUGACUCCAGAACAGUUAUUGGUUCGUAGCUGGCUCCCUGACGUCAUUCCACUAGACUGACUCCAGAACAGUGAGAUAUCAGAGAGGUCUUUGGGCUUCAUCUCUGAAGUCGCCGGACUAGACUGAACCUAAAUCAGCUCCCUGCUGGUACCUACCAGAAACGCUAGCCGUGCAAAAACGGAGGAAGGCUUUUUUAGUAUGAAAAGAGCAACGCUGUGUACAGAGAACAAAAAGUAUAUUUUCUCUUUUACUUUUGUAUAUUAAUUAAUUGAAUACUUUUCCUGUCCGUAAGUAACUUCUGUUGCUAUUUUGAAGUGGAGACUGAAGAUGUCCCCAUCCACACAGCUAUACAUACGUUACCCCUUAAUAAUUGCAACUUUAAUAUCUCAUUACUUUUAUUUUGUUCUUAUCGUAUUUGAUCUGAUGGGGAUUCUCCUCACACAUCCAUGGCAUUACCUCUUGACAUUUUCAACUUAUCAAUCUCUCUCAACUCUUCAUUUGAAGUCACAGUUGAAUUUCUUCUCCAGGACAAUAUAUUUUCCCUUGGUUGACUGUUUGUUACCGUACAAUUUAGUUUUGUAUUAUGCAUUUAAGUUAUAUAUGUAAGAUAUAUGAAUAAGUCUCUGGAUAAGUGUGUCUGCUAAAUGAUGUAAAUGUAAAUAUGCUUUCCCUAAGGACUUCAGGUUGAUGCUGUGGGGAGUGCAUAGCUAGCUGGGUAAUAUUAGACUUUUCUGCUUUUCACCUCUUUAAAGGCCCAGUGCAGUCAGAAUUCUGUUUUUCCUGUGUUUUGUAUCAUAUUGUACAACAGCUGAUGAAACUA